UCCAAUUUAAAGUUUCCUUCAAGCAAUUAGCAAUUUUCAUUUUUGUCUUUCAAAUUUUACCCACUCAUGUGUAACAAGAAUGCAUUGAAUUUACUUGUGGUCGGUCGGUGAAGUUAAGUAAAGCACAAAUCAUUCAUUCGCCACAUUCGUUUGGAAUUCGUCUGGAAUAUACUACAUUCUAACAUUCGCAUAUUUCACCGUUUGUGAUACCAGAGACAAUUUUGAACGAGGCUACGAAUCACAUCCCUACAGCGAGGCCAGAAUGAGAAAAAGCAACUCUCGAGGCUCCAUGCACUUAAGCGUUGCGGACGGGCCAAAUCAAGACGAUUGGGUGGCAUUUCAAACGACAACUUUCACGAAUUGGGCUCGCGAGAAUAUCAAAAAGGCCCAUUCGAUCGAGUCGAUCGAUGAUUUGACAACAGCCUUCGAAGAUGGCGUAUGUUUGAUAAAACUUGUCGAAGUGAUAUCAGGUAAAAAGGUCAACAAAUACUGUAAAAAACCGAGGAUAUUCUCACAGAAACUAGACAAUAUCAAACUGGCAUUGGACAUGCUAACCGACGACGGAAUAAAAUUGGUGAAUAUAGGGCCAGAGGAUGUCCACAGCGGUAACCACAAAUUGAUUCUGGGUCUCAUUUGGCGCAUGAUUCUUCAUUAUCAAAUUAGUACCAGCUCCAACGUCUCGGGAAAGCUCUUGCUGAUCACGUGGCUACAAGCAGCCAUUCCCGACGUCCAAAUAAAAAACCUGACUUCAGACUGGAACGAUGGUCGCGCCAUGGCGGGCUUGAUGGAAUUUUUAGAACCCGGAUCGUAUCCAAAUUACAAAGAUCUUCGACCAGAGGAUAAUUUAGAAAUAGUAACCGAAUGUAUGGAAAUGGCGGAGACGAAUCACGGCAUUCCCCAGGUUGUUUCGCCAUCAUAUAUCGUCAGUCCUGCUAAAGACGAGCUAAGUAUGAUGACGUACUUGUCAUAUUAUACACAACUUGGUUCGCCCGGCGAGAAGGCAACAUUGAAAUUCGUCAACGAUUACUCACCGAGAAUUCGCGUUUCCAACUUCAAUACUGAUUGGUCGAACGGCGUCAACUUAGUUCGUUUCACGGACAGCGUGUGUCCUGGCCUCAUCCCAAAUCAUGAGCAAGUGCUCGCGUCUCAGUCUCCUGUGGAAAAUGUCGAGAUGUGCUUCGAGGCUGUGGAAAAAAACUUGAACAUAAAGCCAACGAUGCAAGCCAAGGAUGUCGUCGGCGGAAAUAUCGAUGAACUCAGUGUCAUGGCGUAUCUCCUGCAGUUCCGUGGCUUGAAAGUGGAAGACAAAUCUGGCGAGUUCAAAGUCGAUGCUUCAACUUUGAGAAAUGGCGUCGUGGGCAAAGAGGUCGAGUUCGACGUCAUUGCGAACAACAAUAUGACUUUUGAAAAUCUUCAAGUGUCCGUAGAAAGUCCAAGUGGUCAUAGAAUUCCAGUGAAAUUUGAGGAAACUGGUAAUGAGCUGCACUGCGCAUACGUACCGAUGGAGAGUGGGACCCACGUUGUUAGUGUCAGUCACCUUGACAGCGAAAUACCCUCAAGUCCAUUUCACACGAAAGUUCGAGAGGAUGUAAAUGGCGUGACUGUUUCAGGUCCCAGUAUCAAGUACGCAGUCUACAAUGACAAGUUCGACUUACUUGUAUCCUCAUCUCGCUCGCAUGCGACGCCUCUAGCAGUCGUUGUUGACGGCCCAACGUCAACCAUUCCGUCGGAAAUCUUUGAAACAAGCGGCAACUAUGAGGUGUCCUUCAUACCUGUCGAAGUUGGCGAACAUAAUGUGGAUAUUCGAUUUGGAGAUACACCUAUUCCUGGUAGUCCUUUGAAAGUGAUGGUCGGUGAUCCGAAGCGUGUGGUUAUUUCAGACAGAGAGAGUGUCGAAACAGGUCUGCUUAACAAGGCAGUUGAGUUUAACGUGAACACAGAGGCCGCUGGUGGUGGCGUGCUUACUGCCACUGGUCAUGGACCAAAGGGAGAAGUGAAUGUCGACGUUCGGGAACUGGGAAAUAGCCUCUACAGAAUUUCGUUCGUCCCAGUUGAACCCGGAGAGUACAUUAUUAAGCUCUUCUUCAAUGGAAAAGAAAUUGGAGGCAGCCCUCUUGGAACAGUCGUUGCAGAUCCUGGGAAGGCUGUAGCUCACGGUGAAGGUCUCUAUCAGGUGCGACUUCAUGAGCAAGAGGAAUUUUUGGUUAGCCUGCAUGGUGCAGGAAAGGGCCAGCUUGCAAUAACGGCUGUUUCUCCGUUUGGAGAAUCGGUUCCCGUACAUAUAGAACAAUCGCAAAGCGAAUCGGACACGUACGUCGUUCACUACACACCACACGAAAUAGGCGAUCACAAGAUCUUCGUCAAAUUUGCCGGCGUGAACGUUCGCGGUAGUCCGUUCGUUGUAAAAGUUGCAGAUCCCAGCAAGGUUCUGGUGCAAAAUCUUAGUGAGGAUGAGAUGACGGUUGGAAAUGAAGUGAUUAUACCUUUGGAAGUUCUAGAAGAAGCGGGUGAAGGUGAACUCGAGGCGGAAAUUCUCGCACCAGGAAACGUCAGCGUCGAAUCCAGCUUUGUUCAACGAACGGACAACUUGUAUCAUUUGAGGUUUGUGCCUACGGUGCCUGGAGAGUAUGAAAUCAAAAUUCUCUUCGGUGGCGGCUUGAUAGCGGAUCAACCGAUGAAAGUGGAUGUCACAGAACCGCAUAUCUCUCCAGAUGCUUCCAAAUGUAUUGUUUAUGGAGGCGGAUUGAAAGAAUGUGAUGUGAAUAAGCUGGGCGAGUUCACAGUCGAUUGUAGCGAUGCUGGUGAAGGUAUCAUCACAUCCACACUGCAAGGAGUGCAAUAUACUUCUACAGAUGUGGAAGUUGAAGAUAAUGGGAAUGGCACAUACGAUUGUCGAUAUGUCGCUUCUAUCCCGGGUACUUAUGCCCUACAUGUGCUCUUUGAUGGUGACAAUGUCCCGGGAAGUCCUUUCACAGUGGAGAUCGUUGGUGAGCCAGAAUUAUCACAGUGCACCGUUGAAGGCAAAGCUCUCACCACUGGUGGCUUUGUUGAUGAACCCAUUAAACUAACCGUGAUAACAGGAUCCUCGGACACUGGUGCUUUAGCUGUACGUUGUGACGGGCCUAGUAAAGACUGCGAUGCAAAUGCUAAUGACAACCGUAAUGGCACUUAUACGUUAAUAAUUCAUCCGACGGAGAGUGGACUUCACUCGAUACACAUUGAAUGGGGAGGACAACCCGUCCAGGGAAGCCCGUUCGAAGUGAACGUGGUAGACCGUCCAAAUGCCACAAAUAUUGUCGCCGUUGGUCCAGGUGUCGAGAACGGCGUCAUCGACGAUUUCGAAGGGAAAUUCGUGAUCGACACUAAAGGCGCUGGAGCCGGCACCCUUAAGAUAAAAAUUCACGGCCCCAAAGAUUGUUUCGAUUUGAAAUGUAUUAAAAAACAGCUGAAAGACCGCAACGUUGCAGUGAAGUAUAGCCCAUCUCAGGCUGGUCGAUACGACAUAAGCGUCACGUGGUUAGGCGAAGAUAUAUCCGGCAGUCCUUACACGGUUUUCUUGGCGGAAAAUGAUAAUGAUCUGCAAAAGAUAAAUGGAACUGGCGAUACCUACUGAUGUCAACUUGUGUCUAUACAUACAUUAUACGCGUCAUUUCUUCGUUUAUUUUCCAGGAGCGACAAAUGCAUAGAAUUUUGUUAAAAUUAGAUAAGGCAGGAAAAUAUUUUUUACAAACCAUUCGUUGUUAAAUAUACUUACGCAUCCUACGUUCACAUAUACAUACACUUAUAUAUAUUAAAUAAUUUAAAUUCAAUUUUUAGUUACUUAGAAAAGAUUUUCACGUAAAAAUAUUUUGGUUUCAUGUAGUCGUUUAUUGAACACAGAGCGUUGUAUUACGGGACUGCUCUUCUACGCGUCGAAUUCUUCAUACCACGUUUUACGAUCACAAUGACAGCUACGUACAUUGCACCAUUAGUUGUAAAGAUAAGCUUAUAUAGUUUUUUCAAAUGGUUUAUAACAGAUUAAAAUAAAUAACCUUAUAAUGUUCAA